AUGGGACUUACCAAGACCUACAAGGAUGGGACGACUCCAAUCGUCUGCAUCAUUGGCUCUGGGUUUUCGGGCAUGUGUGCCGCUAUUCGCCUUCAGACCCAGCUGAAUCUCAAGACAUACACCAUCUUUGAGCUGGAACCCGAGCUUGGAGGCACCUGGUGGUCCAACACCUACCCUGGCUGUGCCUGUGAUGUCAAGUCUAUCAACUACCAGUUCUCAUUCGAACCCAAUUACGAAUGGAGCACGACAUAUGCGGGACAGCAGGAGAUCUGGGAGUACCAACGUCAAGUUGCCAAAAAGUACAACCUCUACGAAAAGAUCCGUUUCAGGACCGAGGUCACCCAUGCCGAAUGGCACGAGGAGCUGCAACAAUGGGUCCUGGACUGGAUCAACCACAACACUGGCGAGACAGGACAGACCAACGCCGAUAUAGUCUUUUCUGGAAUGGGACCUCUGAGAAUCCCGCAAAUCCCUAAACAGUUUGAGGCCUUUGAGGGACCCAAGUGGCAUACUGCUCAGUGGAACCAUGAUUAUGAUUUGACCGGCAAGCAUGUUGCUGUUGUUGGGAGUGGUGCUAGCUCGAUCCAAGUAGUCCCCGCAAUCGUCGACAAGGUAAAGAAACUCGAAUUCUACCAACGAUCCGCAACCUACAUCAUCCCCCGUAGGAACGUAAGCAACUCGGCCUUCUGGAAGUUCCUCUUCAAACACAUCCCCUUCGUCCACUUCCUCUACUACAAACUCACCUACUGGUCCAACGAAUCCAUCAUCCGCAUCUUCAGCACCAAAUGGCAACACGCCCUCACCCGUCGCGUCGCCAUGCUCCUCGCCUGGUCUUAUCGGUUCUACCAGAUCCGUGACAAGCAGCUCCGUGCCAAGAUGACGCCCAAUUAUAUCUUGGGGUGCCGUCGAAUUGUCGUCUCGUCGGAUUUUUACCCGGCCCUAGCUAGGAAGAACGUUUGCGUUCACACGGCGACGAUCAAGGAUGUCAAGGGACGGACGUUGAAGCUUAGCGAUGGGUCGCGGCAGGAAGUGGAUGCGCUGGUGUUGGCGACCGGGUUCCAUGUUAAAGAUAGCCUUGCGGAGGGGUUUGUUAUUGGCAAGGACAAAUGUGAUCUCUUCAAGGUCUGGGGCCAGGAUCCCAAGACUUACUACGGCAUCACAUCCGCCGAAACUCCCAACAUGUUCUUCCUCCUCGGACCCAACACCGGACUCGGCCACAACUCGGUCCUAUUCAUGAUCGAAACAGCCUGCGAAUACGCAAUUAUGACAAUCUCGCACAUGAUGGACAAGAACCUCUCCUCCAUUCAAGCAACACCCAAGGCCUGCAAGGACUUUGUCGACGAGGUCGAGGAAAAGAUGAAGGGCAUGGUCUGGUCCUCGAACUGCAAGUCCUGGUACCAGAACGAGCAGGGCAAAGUCACUGCCCUUUGGUGGAGUACUUGUACACAUUACUGGUGGAGACUGAGGAAAUUCCGACCCCAGCAUUUCGUGGGUGUGCAGCGAUCCAAGGUUCCUGCUGCUAUUCGCGCGUGA